AUGAACGCCCGAACUAUAUCCUUCGAAAUGUCGAUGAAGGGCCGGCAGGUGGACGAAAUUGUCGCCAGCAUAUUCCACACGGUCCUCUUCCAUCGCUCCAGCGGCAAGUUCACAUACAACAACGAGGAGAGCUACUCCAUACGCACUGUUAGCUACGUGGACGUGGAUUGCGACUUCAUCGACUUCACCUACGUGUGUUGCGAGUCGGAAGCGCUCGGUAGAAACGUUAACGUCAAGAUAUCGGAGUUCUCUGAUCUGCUUAGGAAAGCCGAUUGUUCCUCGUCGCACCCUAAAGGCUCGAUCAGCCUCGAGUUCUUCCAAAAGCGACGGGCGCGAUGGCCUUUCGGGCCGGAGUGUGUACCCUGGGAAGUGUGGACGGUUUGUUGCGAACUAACGGAGCAAAGCAAGCACGAGAACGUCGUAGAACUAUUACAGGACAAGAUCGUCUUUAUAACGGAGAUAAUAAACCGUCACGAAUACGUGCCAAAGAUGCCAAGUCGGUCUGACGCGGACUUGGUCUUCGACACAUCAUACACCGACAUUCAGCCGUAUCUGUUCAAGAUACACUAUAACUUGUCCGGUGCGACGUCCACCUCAGUCGGCAACAGGGUGCGUAAGCUACUCUGUGACACACUAUAUUUG